AUGGGUAGAAGAAACAAAUGCAAACCCCGCAUGAUCCCUCAACAAGACAAACGAAUAUGUGGCUGCAUCUGCUUUUGUCAGCUCGUGGUAGUUUUUAGUUGCGUUUCGCUUAUUUACCUAACAGUGGCUAUCUACAUACCGUCGUAUCGGGCCUUUCGCAGUGGGUUCGAAGAGAAACCAGUAAUGUGCCAAACGUUCAACAUAAGCACGGAAAACAAUUGCAGCUGGGCAUCUUGUGGUGAGUGGUGUCUGACCAAGACCUCGGGGUUUUGUCCCCAAAUCCACGCGACUACCAGACAGAACGGAACCACCGUUCAAUUCCUUAACUGCACCAACUUCCAGACGUCCUUCUGUCCGCCAGUAACCUCCAGCCAGCUGAAGAAACAUAAUUGCAACAACGGGACUGAAUGCGCUUCUCUCAGAGGAGUGUUCAACUGUUCUCUAGGCCACUGUACCAAUAUUUCGGAAAUCUACGAAUGUCACUAUAAGGCUGAUGGAUUCUCGGUAGACACCGACAAAGACAACGCCAAGCUCAAUGGAUUUUUUGAAUGUAAGGGUGCCAAGUGUACCAAGAUCAAAAGAUUCCCUAGUUGUGAUAGAAUCUGCAAAGAAAAUAUAACUUCGUCCACGAAAAAUGUGUAUAUCUCAGUAGGUAAUAGUGUUCAUCACGCCCAUUGUGAGUCUUCGGUCGCAACAACGAAAGCUUUCGGGAAGGAAGAAGGGAUAAUCAUAGAACCUACCCAGUUCUGGUCCAAACUUCCCAAUGAGGUAUUUAUGGUCACUUGCCACACUGUACAAUACGACGAGGUGAAACAAAUAGCACAUGCCACAGACUGUAUAAAUGGGACAAUAUACGAAUUAGAAACAAUACCGAGGCCUUACAUUACCUUCAGGCAAUUUUGGAAUUUGACAGGGAAAGAGAGUUAUGCCGUAGACCCCACUAAUCAAUUUGUUCCAACACAGUCCGCCUUAACUAUUUACAACGCUUCACGUUUAUUCAUCAACUUGGAUGGCUGCGUGAACACUCUCAAAGGCGAAUGUCUCGAAUUUCUACACACCCAUGGAAGUGAUGGAAGAAACCAAACUGCUCAGUCCAGAUAUCCGUGUUAUUACAACAAGAACAAUUCCUUCAUGGUUGUGGCCCGGUACGAUCUAAAGAGGACUUGGAGAGAUUUGAUAAUAGCGAUAAGUAUACCAUCUGCACUCUUCAUAGUUUCCUUCAUCACCCUAUGCGCGAUAAUGCAGUCAGUAAGAGUGGAUGAUGAUACUAAAAUGCGCUGUAAAUACUGUUUCGGUACCUACCAAUCGGACAUGACUGAAAUGAUUGAUAACGAAGACAGAAGAGGAAGUCAGAUGAGAGUAACGAAAUUAGAAAGAGAUGAAUUCGUUCAACAAUUCAUAUCUCACAAUCCACCAAUUAGGUAA